CGAAAGUUUCGGCAUUUCAUUUUCUUUUGUACGAAACGCACUCUCUUCUUCUUCUUCUUCCUCACACCAUUGUUAAACAAACACUCCCCACGAUCAACUAACCCAACCAACCUACCUUAAUUCUCGCAAACUCCACAUUUCAAUUCCACUUAAGAUCUCUGCAGGAAGAGCUUCUCACUUUUCAAUUCAACCUCAUCCACGAUCCAUUCACUAGCAUUAUUACUUAUUGCAUGCAAUGCUUUGACCUUCAGCCACUGCACCAAAUCACGUGUCUUAGUCGCAAAGCAAAACCGAAUGGGUCUCUGCACUUCGAAACCCACUCAUUACUCUCCUCAAUCCGCCACUCGCUCCCCCGCGGCACCUUCUCAAAACGACGCCGUCACACUCACUCUCAGCGCCGAACCUCACGCCAAUGGCGAAAACCAAAACCCUAAGGAGCCCGAGAACAGCGGUACGAGAUCUCCGUUUUUCCCAUUCUAUAGUCCCAGUCCGGGCCGCUACGUGUUCCCGGUCUCUCCGCGGCGCUUCUUCAAGCGCCCGUUUCCGCCGCCGUCGCCUGCCAAGCAUAUAAAGGCGGCACUGGCGCGUCGGCACGGCUCGGUGAAGCCCAAUGAGGCUGCCAUACCGGAGGCCGAGGCGGUCGCCGGACUCGACAAGAACUUCGGAUUCUCCAAGCAUUUCGGAAAUAAAUAUGAACUUGGAGGUGAGGUUGGGAGAGGGCAUUUUGGGUACACCUGUGUUGCGAAGGUGAAGAAAGGAGAGCUGAAGGGACAGCAAGUGGCCGUUAAAGUCAUUCCAAAAGCCAAGAUGACCACUGCAAUUGCUAUCGAGGAUGUGAGAAGGGAAGUAAAAAUAUUGAAAGCUUUGACUGGACACAAGAAUCUAGUACAAUUCUAUGAUGCAUAUGAAGACCACGAUAAUGUCUAUAUAGUAAUGGAGUUGUGUGAAGGAGGAGAGCUGUUAGACAGAAUAUUAUCAAGAGGAGGGAAGUACACAGAGGAAGAUGCAAAAGCUGUCCUGAGACAAAUACUGAAUGUAGUUGCCUUUUGCCAUUUACAGGGUGUUGUGCAUCGUGAUCUUAAACCUGAGAACUUCUUGUUCGCAUCCAAGGAUGAGAGCUCAAAGCUGAAGGCCAUAGACUUUGGGUUGUCAGAUUUUGUUAAACUAGAUGAAAGACUUAAUGAUAUUGUUGGCAGUGCAUACUACGUGGCUCCCGAAGUUCUACAUAGAGCUUACAGUACAGAGGCUGAUGUCUGGAGUAUUGGAGUGAUUGCAUAUAUUUUAUUAUGUGGUAGCCGUCCCUUUUGGGCCCGAACCGAGUCUGGUAUCUUUCGUGCGGUAUUGAAAGCUGACCCAAUUUUUGAUGAACCUCCUUGGCCUUCUCUGUCAGAUGAGGCAACCAAUUUUGUUAAGCGAUUACUAAAUAAAGAUCCACGGAAAAGAAUGUCUGCAGCACAGGCGUUAAGUCAUCCAUGGAUUAGAAACAAGGAUGUAAAAUUACCUCUGGAUAUUCUAAUAUUCAAGCUCAUGAAGGCAUAUAUGUGUUCCUCAUCUCUACGAAAAGCAGCUUUAAGGGCUCUGUCUAAGACGCUAACUGUUGAUGAGCUAUUUUAUUUGAGGGAGCAGUUUGCACUUUUAGAGCCAAGCAAAAAUGGCACCAUUAACUUGGAAAAUAUCAAAGUGGUCUUGAUGGUAAAUGCAACAGAUGCUAUGAAGGAGUCACGCAUACCUGACUUUUUGGCAUCACUUAAUGCAUUACAAUAUAGAAGGAUGGAUUUUGACGAGUUCUGUGCAGCUGCCCUUAGUGUUCAUCAACUUGAAACACUUGACCAGUGGGAGCAAAAUGCACGUUGUGCCUAUGACUUUUUUGAAAAGGAUGGAAACAAGGCUAUAGUCAUUGACGAACUAGCUUCGGAGCUUGGGCUUGGUCCAUCUGUCCCUGUUCAUGCUGUUCUCCAUGAUUGGAUUCGGCACACUGAUGGAAAAUUAAGUUUCCUUGGAUUUGUCAAACUGUUGCAUGGCCCAUCUAGAAGUCUUGCAAAAGCUCUAUAGACCUCAGAAGCUCGAUAGAAUAUCCAAGAGUGCUUGACUAAACUAUAUGAUGAUCUAUAUGUGGCUUAAAAAUUGCUAACAGAAUCAUCACAACCCUAUCAUCAAGUGAUUGUCUUUCACAUUGUGCCUCGGCGUAUACGCUUUUAGAAUGAUCUCGUUCUUUAACAACUUGGAGCAGGAAGCAAACCUGCUACAGGAGUUUGCAUUUUCCACUGUAAAGCUGUAGUGUAUUAAAAGGGUACACUCAAUACUGUAACAUGUUAGAAGGUUCACAAUUGAGGUGCAUCAUUCUUGUAAUCUUGUCCACAUGCAAAUUCAUUGCUUUGUAGUUUGUAUCCAGAGGGUUUGGGGGCACUUUUGUGCUUUCAGGAUUAUUGUAGCUUUUGGGAAUUUGUAAUUUGAUUUUUCUUGGAUGAUUUUCUCAUCAUUUAAAGGUGCUGAUUAUGUUGAUAAUUGGCCCGAGGCAGGAAAUGUGAAGUAUCUAUAUCCCACCUCAAUUCUGCAC